AUAAAGUCAGCUGACUGGGAGUAGGUUUCGAGGAAGCCGUUAACUACAACAACCAAUCUACUAAAAUUGUAAUUUACCAGCAUUUACGACUGUCGAUAAUGGAGUCGACACUCGAACAGCAUCUUGAUGAUACCAUGAAGAAUUCAGCGAUUGUAGGUGUACUCUGCACUGAUCAACAAGGACACAACCUGGGAUGCCGUGGCUCCCUUUCUGAUGAGCAUGGAGGUGUAGUGUCAGUUCUGGCCAAACAAGCAGCAGCCCUCACCAGAGACCCUACAGACAACCCUACCGUGUGCCUGGAGUCAGACUCAGGAAAUAUUUUAAUAAGGUCACACGGAACCAUCACAAUGGCUGUUCACAAGAUGACAUCAUGAAGGCAACAUGAUUGAAGUGUCUUCUUGUACAGUAAUUUAUACAGACACGUGCAGACAAACAUAAACACUGUCGCACUUUGAGAAGGAUGUGACAUCUGGCUUCCGUGUUUCCUCCGAGAAAUGUCACAUUUUUGCGACCAGUCCAAACAUUUUAGUGUGUUUUGAACUAUUAGGACUAGUGAUUCUCUGCAUAAAUACUGUCUCUCUCUCUUACCGAGUGUGAUCUAAAUCUCGGCUGAUUUUUCGCCUCAUAAAUAUAACACGAUUUGACUGAAAUAUGAAUGGAAUUUACUAAAUAUAACUUUGUAUAAGUUGCUUCCAUCCUUUUCUGCAGUGCUGUCAUUUUUUUCCCUUUAACAUUUUUUUUCUCUUACUUACUGUUGUAGCCUGUUCAUGCUAUAUUCAAUGGUGCAAGAUAGACGGCUACAAUCUAACCUUCCCUGAUAAACUUUUAACUUGGCUUGGUGUUAAGAUGCCCUCUUUCGUGUUAAGCAUUUGUUAUUUUGUCCUCUGCUCAACAUGCCUGGUUAAAGAGUAUUUCCUCUUUUGGAAACAUCCACCGGUUAACUGGUAAUGACACUUUUAAAGCACCCACCAGUUGCCAUUUAUCUAGUUCAUUUGAUUUUCAGUGAACGUGUUGCAGUAAAAAAAAAAACUUAUAUUAUAGCCUUGAUUUGCCGGUAUACAGCUGUGCUAUAUCUUUUUGUGAUGAUUUGAUCAUUGAAUACGAGAAAUAAAGAAAUUAAA